AUGGGUCUUGCAAAUAUUACAAAUGAACUAAUUUGUAAUCGGACACUACGCUAUUUACGAUGCAAAAAUGGACGCUAUAUUCCUUUGUUAAAUUUAAAAAGGAAUUGGUCCAUGUAUCACCUUUGGUCUCAUUUGUUUCAUAAAUGUUUGAAUAUGGAAUUACAUAGUUGGGAUGAACUGAUUGACAUGUUCGCACAAGCAACAGAUACUUCCUUACGUGAAAGUGGUGAUCAAUGGAUCAAAUCAAGUGCUGAAUACAAUGUCCUCUUUCUGGAACUAUUCAAAAAGAACUCACACAUCUAUCCUUGA